CGCUGGAAAGCCUUCUGGUUGUGGGCGCGCCGGCUGAAUAAAUAAAUAGUGUUUUAAUUCUAAUCCUCACAUACGUAAUACGUAUUAAGUAUUAAAUAAGAGGAUAUAACAAGUGACGACGAGGUAAAUCAAAAAACUGAAAUGCUUGAUGGACCAGAGACAUUUGACUGUGAUGGAGAUUCACACUCCCUAGGGUAUAGAUGGGAGAAAUGGAAGAGAGGACUACAGCUCUACCUUCUUGCUUCUGCAGUAGAAACACCGGAAAAAAAGAGGGCCACAUUAUUACAUACGGGUGGCCUGGGUCUGCAGGAAAUUUAUUACAACAUACCCGGUGCGGAUGCAGAGCCAAAGGACAAUGAAGGGAAGGAAGUUGAUGUUUACGAGAUAGCUGUCAAGAAGUUGGAUGAAUAUUUUUCUCCUAAACAAAGCUAUGUGUAUGAGAGGCACACAUUUCGGCUAAUAAAGCAAGAAGAAGGGGAAAAAUUUGAAAAAUUCUUAGUAAGACUUCGUAAUCAAAGCUCAAAAUGCAAAUUUAAAGAUGACGAUAACCUGAUUGAUCAAAUCACCGAGAAAUGUAGGUCAGCAGAGCUGCGGAAGAAAAUACUAACACUUGGAGAUGCCGCUACAGUUGAUAAAAUCAUAACAGAGGCCAAUACUCUAGAAACUGUAGAGCGACAACUCACAGAUUUUCAAAAGGAGGCACCAAAGGACCUCAUAAACAAAAUUGAAGCCAAGCAGAAGAGAUUUCAAGGCAACAAGUUUAACUCUACAACAGGAUGUACCAGAUGUGGUAGUAGAAGACAUAAAGCUGAUUGUACAACUUGCCCAGCCAAAGACCAGAUAUGUAAGAAAUGUGGUUUUAAGGGGCAUUUCAAAAAAAUGUGUCGGACAAGACCAUACAAACGGAGGCUUAAUGCCACUUCUGAAGGAAAAGCAGGAAAAGACCCGGAGCCAGAUAAGAAGAAAUCCAAGAUAGAAAAAAAUACAACAAUUGAUUAUAUAUUCAACAUGGAUGAAGGUGAUACAGUAAAAUGUGAAAUCGGUGGCGUUGAUGUAGACAUACUGAUUGACUCUGGUAGCAAAUGCAACAUUAUCACUGACACAACAUGGAAUCGUCUAAAAGCUAAUGCGAUUCAAGUAACCAGUCAAGAUAAAUCUGUGGAUAGAGUAUUUAUGGCGUAUGGCAGCAAAGAACCAUUGACGGCGUUAGGACGUUUUGAAGCCAACAUUAGAAUGGGUUCUGAAGAACAAGAAGCUACAUUCUACGUUAUCAAGGAUGGGCCUAGAGAUUUACUAGGCAAAGACACUGCUAUUUUGCUAAAUGUUCUCAAAAUGGGGGUAAGUGUUAAUAAUGUCUCAGAAGGUUUGUUCCCCAAGUUUAAAGACGUUCAAUUAAAAAUAGCUAUAAAUAAGGCUGUCACUCCUGUAAGUCAACCAUAUAGAAGAGUACCUAUUCCAUUAGAAAACAAAAUUAAUUCUAAAAUAGACGAACUAAUUGCUAAGGACAUUAUUGAACCUGUAGAUAAACCAGCCUCCUGGGUGUCCCCCAUAGUACCAAUAUUAAAAAGUAACGGGGACCUCAGGAUAUGCGUAGACAUGCGAUGUGCAAAUAAGGCUAUUAUUAGGGAAAAUCAUCCUUUGCCUACAAUAGCACAAUUAAUUCCUAAGUUCAAAAAGGCCACUGUUUUCUCAAAACUUGAUAUCAAAGAAGCAUUUCAUCAGGUAGAAAUUAGUGAAGACUCUAGGGACGUGACAACAUUCAUCACAGGCAAAGGACUCUUUAGAUACAAACGAUUAAUGUUUGGCAUUUCAUGUGCACCAGAACACUUUCAAAAAAUCCUUGAAAGGAUGCUUUUGCCGUGUGAUGGUGUUGUCAAUUUCAUUGAUGACAUCAUUGUUUUUGGAAAAAAUGAGGUUGAGCAUAAUGCAAGAUUAAAUCAUGUAUUAGAAGUUCUGAAACUGAAUAAUGUGCUUUUAAAUGAAGCUAAAUGUAUUUUUAACUCCCGUAAAAUUGAAUUUAUUGGACAUGAACUGACAUCUGACGGGGUUAAACCCCUAGAUAAAUAUAUCAAAGGUAUUGAAACAUUCAGGGAACCAAAGACUAUUGAAGAGAUACAGAGCUUUUUGGGCCUAGUCAAUUACAUUGGUAAAUGGAUUCCUAAUUUAGCAACUCUUACAGAGCCACUUCGUGAGAUUUUGAGAUUAAAAUUGCACAAAAACACCGAUAUCACCAGUUACUGGAAACAGGAACAAAGUCUUGCAUUUAGUAAUCUUAAAAAUAGCUUGAGUAACAUUACUUCUUUAGGAUAUUUCGACCCUGGUGAUAAAACACAAAUAAUGGCUGACGCUAGUCCUUUUGGGCUGGGCGCUGUACUUAUUCAAUGGGACAGUAAAGGGUCUAGAGUUAUAGCAUAUGGAAAUAAAACAUUGACAGAUGUUGAGAAACGGUACUGUCAAACUGAAAGAGAGGCCCUUGCACUGGUGUGGUCAGUAGAACAUUUUCGGAUGUAUUUAUACGGCCUAAAGGAAUUUGAUCUUAUAACUGAUCACAAACCGUUAGAGGUUAUAUUUGGCACUAGAUCAAAACCUUGCCCUCGCAUUGAAAGGUGGGUUUUACGGUUACAAUCAUAUAACUAUAAAGUAAUAUAUCGUCCGGGCAAGCAAAACAUAGCAGAUCCUUUUUCUCGACUCUGUGCUCCCACAAAUUCAAAUUCAUUCGAUGAGGAAUUUCACAUAAACCAAAUAGUACAAUUUGCUCGACCAGUAGCUGUCUCUUUUCAAGAAAUUAAAGAUGCUUUACAUUCUGAUACGGAACUUAGGUUAGUAAAACAGGGUAUUUUGCAUAGUGAGUGGGAUGACAAAGUAAAUCUUUACAAAAUAUUUGAGUCCGAAUUAUGGAUACAUGAUGAAAUGUUACUACGGGGAAACAAGUUGGUCAUUCCUUUUAAACUGCGACACCAAAUUCUCGAAGCAGCUCAUGAAGGGCACCCUGGAAUCGUAGCUAUGAAAGGUAGGUUACGUUCAAAGGUAUGGUGGCCAAGAAUCGAUCGAGAUGCAGAAGCCAUGGUCAAGAGCUGUAAAGGAUGCACAUUAGUUUCUGGACCUAGUCAACCUGUACCUAUGAAAAGACGGCAGUUACCAUUGCAAGCUUGGGUUGACAUAGCAGCAGACUUUUUAGGGCCACUACCAAGUGGAGACUAUUUGCUGGUAGUCAUAGACUAUUAUAGUCGUUACAAGGAAAUUAAAAUUAUGAAAUCCAUAACAUCACAAGAUACAAUUAAUGUUUUAAAAGAGAUAUUCUCAAGACUAGGGGCUCCUGUUAGUAUCACGGUCGAUAAUGGGAGACAGUUUACAAGUGGAUCAUUUAAAACAUUUUGUAGUGAACUAGGUAUUCAUAUUUACAACACAAUUCCUUAUUGGCCUCAAAUGAACGGGGAAGUAGAACGGCAAAAUCGCGACAUUGUCAAACGUCUUAAGAUUAGCCAAAGCCUCAAAACUAAUUGGAAAGAUGACUUGCUGUACUACCUUAUGAUGUACAACAGUACCCCUCACAAUACUACUGGGAAGUCACCUUGUGAACUUUUUUUCAACAGGCUGUUCCGGGACAAAAUCCCUCAUCUUUUAGAUAUUGAGCACAUGCAAAUGGAUCUAGAAGUGAGGGACAAGGACACCGAAAUGAAGGAAAAAGGAAAAUUAAAGGAAGAUCGCAAAAGAGGAGCAAAGGAACACAGUUUAGAGGUAGGAGAGAAGGUAUAUGUAAAAAACAUGAUUAAAGAGAACAAAUUAACACCCAAUUUUAAUUCUACACCUCAUACUGUUACUAGUGCUAAUAGAGGCGAUAUUAAUGUUCGGAAUGAUCUAACUGGGCAGGAGUACAAAAGAAACAUAGUUCAUUUAAAAAAAGUUGAAGGAGAAUGGAGAGUAUGUGGGAAGAACAAAGAACAGUCCGAGUCUCUCACUGAUGAUUCUGAUUCUGAAUAAAUGUUUAGUUAUUAUAAUUCAAGGGUCUGUCUAAUUAAAUAAAGUCUAUGCUAUUGUAUUGUUGUGUUAUGUGGUGGUUACACUUGUUAUUUGUAUUGGUUAAGUGAUACUGAUAUUUAUGUUUUGUAAUUCGAACAUAUGCUUAUUAGUCAUGAUUAAGACUGAGAUAGUGUCAUUAUUGAUUGUUGUGUACCAUGGGUGUUAACAGCAUAAGGUAUGUAAUGGGUUAAAGGUCUGAGAGUAAGACAAAGUAGGAUAUAUUGAAAAUAGCAUAUAGUACUUUAAAUACAUCUAUGUGAUUUUUAUAAAUGUGUGUACAGCUAUGUUGAUAUGUGUUUAUGUCUAAGUCUGUAAAACAGAUUUCCUGGUUUAGAUUAAAUUUCUUGUUUUACUGGCUGCGAAACAUAUGUUCUUGUGUGAAUUAUAUUUCAUGUCUUGGCUGUGAACCAUAUGGUUUUAUGUAGAUUAUAAUUCUUGUUUACCAAUUGUGAAAUAUAUGACUUGUGUAGAUUAUAUUUCUUGGUCAUUAGCUGUGAAAUAUUUGUUAACAUUGGUAUGAUUUUGAUAAUACAUGUAGAGUUUUAAUUAGUUUUUAAAUUGUUAAAAAGGAAGAGAUGUGGUGUCUGGAAUAAACGAGCGGGUAGCGUUGGCAACACUGAGGGUGGUCCGCCAUUACGCUGGAAAGCCUUCUGGUUGUGGGCGCGCCGGCUGAAUA